UCUGUUAUAAGAUCGACGAACGAACGAAGCGAUACGAAACAAAUUUUUAUAGUGGAUUAAAAAAAAUUGAAAUAUCCCGAAAUGUCUAGCAAUAGAAAGCUAACAGGAUUACUAUUCCUGGCCUAUUGUGUGGUCACAAAUAUCCAUGGCAUUGAAGGACAUCAAAGGACACACAGAACUGCUGGCCGGACCACUACGGCAUCUUCGCUCAAGACCAAUGCCAUACCGGCCUCCAAAAGCAGCAGCACUGGAGCUCACAACACACCCACAUCCUGGCUGGGUCCUGAAUUUCAAAUUAUACGACGUGUCUAUGAUGACUGCCAAGCCAAAGAUGAUUUUAUGAAUUGCCUGAAGCAGAAGGCCUUAAAUGGUCUUGGUCGGGCCAUAGAACAGGAUUCCAUUAAGAUAUUCGAUGGUGUUGUUUUGGAGAAACAAAAUCAAACCGAAAAACAGAGUAUUAUUGGUAUGUUGGCCGAUGCCAGGUCGUUAAAUAGCCUAGGGCCCUUGGAUCGAGCUCUAUUGUCGAAAAUUGAUAAACUUGUGCGCACCCAUUCGCUUAAGGUCGAUAUGAGUGUGGCCCGUUACGGCGGCGGGGGAGAUGACAAACAUAAGGAAAAGAAAAAGGAAGAAGGUGGCCAUGUUAAAUAUGUCAUUGCAGCCUUACUUACAGCCAUGGGAAUAGCCGGACCAAUUGGCCUUAAAGCUUUGGCCGCCAUAGCAGGCAAGGCUUUGGUUAUUAGUAAGGUUGCCUUGACCAUUGCCAGUAUUAUUGCCCUGAAGAAACUCUUCUCACAUGACGGGCAUGAGGAGACCAGUUUUCAGGUUCAUGCCGGUGAUCACAAUAGACGCAACACCUAUGUCAUACGUCCCGUACCCAAAACUGCCGGCAUUCCUGCAGGUGUGGGCGAGACUCCCGUUGUAGAUCCAUAUCGUUAUUAUUAUGAAUAUCACUGAUUGCCUCGCCGUUAACAUUACCUUGUCUGUCUGUCUGUAUGUCGGUCUGUCUGCCUGUUUGUAAUUAUAUAUAUUUUUUGGUCAUACAUUGAUGAGACAUUUAUUAGAGUAAAUUAUAAGUUCUUAAAUAGAAAGAAGAAGUUAAUAAAGAAGACACAGCUAAUAAACCAA